GAAGUCAGUUAACAAAAGUAUAUGUUCAGGCUGAGCUGAGAGGGCUCUCCCCCCCCCCCCUCAAAGCAUUUUAAGUCUGCUGAAAUUGAACUGCUGGUUGCACAAAGAAGAAAGCAGACAGUCAUUAGGAAGUUUAGAUAUAAACUCAAGAGCGAAAGAACAUUUUCUUCAAGCUGGCCAGCAAGCCGUGUUUCAAGCAGCAUGAAUCCUCUACUCAGUACCUUGUUAUUUUCACUGCUACUUCUUCUAACCCUCAGAAUUCAAGAGCUUAUAGAGGCUUGCAGCUGUGCCCCUGCACAUCCACAGCAGCAAAUCUGCGAUUCGGCUUUAGUGAUUCGAGCAAAAAUUUCCAGUGAAAAAGUGAUUGCAUCAAGUGAAGACCCUCUUCAUACUCACAAAAUGAUUCGAUAUGAAAUCAAACAAAUAAAGAUGUUCAAAGGAUUUGAAAAGUUGAAAGAUGUUCAAUAUGUCUUCACACCUUUCGAUUCCUCUCUCUGUGGAGUGAAAUUAGAAGCUAACAACAAGAAGCAAUAUCUCCUUACAGGACAGAUUUUAGAUGAUGGUAAAGUUCUUAUCCAUUUGUGCAAUUACAUUGAACCAUGGGAUGACCUUACCUUCUCUCAAAAGAAAAGUCUAAAUCAGAGAUAUCAAAUGGGCUGUGGUUGUAAAAUUUCUACUUGCUACAUGGUACCCUGCUCCAUCUCUACACCAAAUGAAUGCCUGUGGACAGAUUGGCUGAUAGAGAGGAAGCUGUAUGGUCAUCAAGCAAAGCAUUACGCCUGCAUCAAACGCAGUGAUGGAACAUGCAGUUGGUAUCGUGGUGGCCCUCCUCCAGAAAAAGACUUUGUUGACAUCAGUGAACCAUGAAUCAUGUAAUUUCUUUCAAAGCCCCAGGGGGUUAAGUCCAUCCGACGCUGUGCGCUCACUGCUGCUUUGAACUUCCAACAAAUGUCUCUUGCUUAGAAACAAAAGCAAAUUGUGCUGUGCAAAUAAAGUACAGAGAUUAUAGAAUUGGCAUCCAGUCAAGAAGAGAAAUGAAUCUCCUGGAGGUAGCACUCUUCGAUAAAACUUUAGAGAGCAACUAUGUGGAAGCACUUCUUUGUUCUUUAAUAAUAGUAAUAAUAAUAACAAUAAUUCUGUUUUUGAAAUCAAAAUGAAUGUAACCAUAUAAAACAAGAUUCAUCAAAAUUUGGACUCCUGUUAAUAGGAUGAGUUUAUCCUGUUUUAUUCCAAAAUAGUUCUUCUGAAAAAAAUGGAGUAGCAUGAUGAGAC